AUGGCAACUAAUGAUACAGCUGACAAUUUAUUUAGACGUAUUGAUACAAAUCAGGAUGGACGUAUUGAUCCAAAUGAAUUUCGUCAUUGGUUAUCAAGUAAUGAAGGAUUGGCUACAUCAAAUGAAUCAAUAACUCGUACACUUCAUCGUUAUGAUGAUACUAGUCGAUUUGAUCGAUAUCGAUAUACAGAUAGAUAUUAUGAUGAUGUGGGAUAUACGGGUGAUACAUAUGGUUGGUGUGGAACUAGGAGAUGGGCUGAUGAUACAGUGAUCAAUACAAAUAGUGAAGAAGAAACCAAUUAUUAUCUGGAAAAAUCGGGUACGAAUAUUUUUCGUGAUCCUAAUCCAAAAAUUAUUCGACGCGCAAGAAGUUCAAGUCCAGUAACACUUGAACAACGAAUUGUUGUUCGAUAUCUUCAACCACCAGCCGUACCACCACCAGGACCACUUAUUAUUAAAGAAGUGCGUCCACGACAACCAUCACCACCUCCACCACUUGUCAUACGCGAACAUGCGCCACGUGCUCCUUCACCACCUGCACUUAUCUUACGUGAACGACCACCAACACCACCAAAACCUAUUCCUGGUGAAACAAUUAUCCGUACUUUACCUGCUUUACCUGUUCCACCACGAUCAGUUAUCAUUGAACGUUUUCCAGCUGCUCCAGAAAAACCAGGUGAUAUUAUAAUUGAACGAUGGAUUCCCUAUGGACCUCAACCUGAACGGCGUACAAUUGUUGAAUCUGCUCCUCCUGCUGCAGAAUAUCCACCGCCAUCUAAUACUACCAUUAUUUAUUCUGCUCCUGAAAUACGUACAGUUCGAAAAUUUCAAAAUCUUGGUGUUACCCUAGAAGAUCCUGAAUCUUAUAGAGUUCGUUAUGGGUCAUCACUUAUAGAUUCAGUAACACUUGUUCAACAAGCACGCAACGUUGGUGUUGUUGAAGAUAUAUCGCCUCCAGCACCAUCAUCUGCAUUAUAUACAAAUAUACGUGAAUAUCCUGUUCAUUUUGAUGGAUCGUAUGAUGCAAUCCAUAGAGAGUAUAUGUCAACAUAUUGAAUUACUAUUGAAGAAUAUCAAUAUUACAUUUAAAAACUAUUUGACUGAAAUUCUUCCUUUUUCUAUUUUUAAAUACAGUAGUUUUUUUCUUGUAGUUUUUAUAACGGAACAUAUAAACUAUAUAAUCAAAGGCAGAGAAAUAAAAUGAAAUAAAGAUUGAUUAUACACCAUUGAUACUGCUAUCAGCUGAAUCACGUUUUCUUGUAUACAAUUUUGGUUUUAUUGCUAAACGAGCUGUUUGUAUUGUAUCAUAGCAUAUAUUGGCAUAAUAUAAUAAUUUAUUAUUCAAAAAAGUGAAUAUUUUUAUGAAUAUAAUAAUCAUUUUUUGAAUAUGUUAUUUGAUGAUUUAUUUUCAUAAAUAAUCGAUAUGUUUUAUUGAUGCUAUUUAAUAUAAAUGUUUGUGUUGUCGGUAUAAAUACUAUUUCAUGAAGUUCACAAAGAUUUAGAGAAUAAUCUUCAAUUUGAUCUAGUCUUCAAAUUCAAUGCAAAAAAGUGGUUUUGAAGAAACAAGACGAAAAUUAUCAAAUACAAUGGUUCAAUUCGAAUCACUUAUUCCUUUUAGACAUGAUAAUGAACUUCUUUUAAUACGAAUAAAUUUCUAUAAGAUUGAUCACAAAUACGUAUUUGACCUUUUUGACUACAAUGUUUAAGAAUUUAUGUUUUCGCUGAACAUAAAGUACAUAUAUAAUGACUACAUGAUCGGCAAUGAUGAUGUCGAGAAGGGAUCAAUUUUGAAAUAAAAGAAUCAUGACAAAUUUGACAAUGUAUUACAUCUAUAUUAUUGUUCUAUAUAGGAGCCUGAGUGCUUAAUUGUUGUUCAUCAGAACGAUGACACGGAUUAAUGAAGUGGAAUAGAAUAGAAAAAUAUAAUUUUUAUAUUUUGUUUUUUUGCUAAGAAAAGAAUUUGACUCAAGUCGAGAAAUGCUCAUCAUUUAUAUAUGAAGUCUUUCAAGCAAAAUAAGGCAUAGCUCAUCCAGGAUUGAUAAAUAAGAAAGAUGGAGAGUGCUUCUUCUAUCCUCUCCAUAACAGUAGACUUUCUGGCACCAUUGUACAACUUCACGGUCACUUUUGAAAAAGAAUGGACUUUAGAACACCAUUCGUCUUAACGAGACAUGUCACAUCUGAUGUAUUUCGUUGAGGCCUAUCGCUUGC